AUGACAGCAUCGGAAACAAAUGGCGAUGCUGACCAGUCUCAUAAUCAGAGUGAUAAAGCAAGUGAUCAUCAAGAGCGUGACAGUAAAACGGAUGAGUCGUCUAACAAGAAUGGAANUGAACGCAAAACUGGAACAUGCAAAUGGUUCAAUGUCCUCAAAGGUUUCGGGUUCAUUGUUUUGGAUGACACAAAGGAAGAUGUAUUCGUUCAUCAAUCAGAACUGAAGAUGGACGGAUUCAGAAGUUUGGAGGAGGGCGAACGUGUUGGUUUUUAUGUGCGCACUCGAAAUAAUGGGCAACGCGCAGGCGCACUAGAAGCUUGGGAGGUUGGACCAGAAGACGAAAGCAAGACCUUAAUUGGCAGCAGCAUUCGUCCAUUAGGUUCGAAGAAGGAUCGCCUGAUAAGAUGUUACAAGUGCGGACGAUUCGGAAAUCAUAUGGCUCAACGAUGUAAGAAGGUUAAUGCUGAUGAGAAGGUAUGUUAUGGUUGCGGAGCUACAGAUCAUCUUUUCACUGCUUGCCCUAAAGUGACCCAUCGUACAAAGACAGGCAAGGAACACCAAAGCGAAGCACAAAAGGCAGAGCAGACAACACAAUAA